CCUCUGCCUCCAAGAUGGUAGGAAAGUUGUCGUUUCGGAGGGCAGAGGAGCUGCUCUCUGGUGUUAUGUCCUCGCAGUGCCUGUAGUGGUGCUGUAGGAGGCUGCUGCCUCUUCUUGUGCAGCCCCGGCAGCCCUGCCUUCUUGGCUGGAGAGUAUAUUCAGGGAUUUCCCCUUAAUAAUCACCGACCCUGGGAGCACUUUUUAGUUUCCAAAAUAAAAAUAUGAUCCUCACCCCUCUUGCUUGACAGGGAAAGGCUCUCGCCGGAGCCCAGGGGGGAGCAGUAGCAGCGGCAGCCGAGCUUCCUAGUCCAUUGCCAGCGCCUCUCACUCUGAUCUGUCAGCCCAGCCGAGGGAAAAGGGGGGAAGGAGAAAAAAAAAAAAGCAGCUGAAAGACAAUCUGCUUCAUCUUGAUUCUGCAGCAUUCCACACUGUGGUAUCCUUGGGGUUCUCUUAACAUUGCUAUGGUGCAGAAGAUUUAAAAUCAGCUGAUGUUCACAAGGAAUAGAGUCACGUGAUGUAUGAAGGGAAACAUAUACACUUCUCUGAGGUUGACAAUAAGCCCUUGUGCUCAUAUAGCCCCAAACUGUGCAAGCAGCGGCGACUCAACGGCUACGCUUUCUGUAUCAGACACGUUCUGGAGGACAAGACUGCCCCCUUCAAGCAAUGUGAAUAUGUGGCCAAGUAUAACAGCCAGCGCUGCACCAACCCCAUCCCCAAAUCGGAGGACCGCAGGUACUGCAACAGCCACUUGCAGGUUCUUGGCUUUAUCCCGAAAAAAGAGAGGAAGAAAAAGAAUGAUCCUAUAGAUGAGGUAAAGGUCAGGCACCAGAUGGAUACCAUGGCCUUUAGCCUGACGGUGCCCACGUUGGCCUUGAAGAUGCCCAAUGGACUGGAUGGAAUGUCCCUCUCUCCACCCGGGGCAAGGGUCCCUCUCCACUACCUGGAAACUGAGUUGGAAGACCCAUUUGCUUUCAACGAGGAAGAUGAUGACCUAAAGAAAGGGGCAACUGUGAAAAAGAAGUUGCAGAGCAAGUUGGCCCAGAAUCGGCAGCGCCAGAGAGAGACCGAGAUUUUAAAAGUUCGACAAGAGCACUUUAGUCCCCCUCCUGCACCUUCUCAGCAGCAGCCGCAGCCUCCGCAGCAGCACUCCCACCUGUCACCUUUAUCCACUUUAAAACCUCCAGCGCCACCGCAGGGUUUAGUCUGCAAGUCACCUCAACCUCAGAACACCAGCCUACCAAUGCAGGGAGUGGCCCCCACCACACACACUAUAGCACAAGCAAGGCAGUUGUCUCACAAGAGGCCUCUGCCCCUCCUGCCAUCCAGUAGGGCUCCCGUCGUGGACCCACCCAGGACUGACCAGGUCCUUAUGAAAGCCACAGCCUUCUCUCCACACUUCUCUUGUAUAAGUCGACUGCAGAGACUGGUGAAACUGUGCACCCAAAAACAUCAGUUGGACACUGAUCUGUUUCCCCAUUUAGGGUUGGACUGGUCUGAAGAAAGCGGAGAAGAACCGGAGGACUCAGAGCAGGCCUCGCCAUACCAGGUCGCCUGGUCCAUCCGAGAGACCCUCAGAUACGACAGACACAUGUCGGAUGACGAUGAUAUGGAGAGUAGGAGCUCCAGGGUGACCCAACUUUGCACUUACUUUCAGCAGAAAUAUAAGCACCUCUGCCGCCUGGAGCGGGCAGAAUCUCGUCAAAAGAAAUGCCGGCACACGUUUAGGAAAGCCCUGCUGCAGGCAGCCAGUAGAGAACCAGAAUGUACUGGCCAGUUGAUCCAAGAACUGCAGAGAGCUGCAUGCAGUCGAACCAGUCUAAGCCGGACCAAGUUGAAGGAGGUGGAGCCAGCAGCAUGCAGUGGGACCGUGAAGGGCGAGCAGUGCACCAACAAAGCCCUUCCAUUCACCAGACACUGUUUCCAACAUAUCCUCUUGAACCGCUCUCAGCAACUCUUCUCAAGUUGCACGGCCAAGUUUGCAGAUGGACAGCAGUGUUCUGUGCCCGUUUUUGACAUUACACACCAGACACCUCUGUGUGAAGAACAUGCCAAAAAAAUGGAUAAUUUCUUGAGAGGAGAUAGCUCCCGCAAAGUUCAGCACCAGCAGCAGAGGAAACCCAGGAAAAAAACCAAGCCUCCUGCACUUACCAAAAAACACAAGAAGAAGAGAAGGCGUGGACCUCGUCGACCCCAAAAACCCAUUCCCCCUGCAGUACCCCAAGGGAACCUCAGCAUGCCCGCCAGCGUCUCACUGCCAGUGGAGGCCUCGCAGAUCCGGAGCCCGUCCACGCCAGAGCUGAGUGCUGAUGAGUUACCGGAUGACAUUGCCAAUGAGAUCACUGACAUUCCACACGACUUGGAAUUGAACCAGGAGGACUUCUCAGACGUCCUGCCGCGGCUGCCUGAUGACCUACAAGAUUUUGAUUUUUUUGAAGGAAAGAACGGAGACCUCCUCCCCACCACCGAAGAGGCCGAGGAACUUGAACGGGCCUUGCAGGCCGUGACUUCUCUCGAGUGCCUGAGUACCAUUGGGGUGCUCACCCAGUCAGACGGUGUGCCCGUCCAGGAGUUGUCAGACAGAGGAAUUGGGGUGUUCGCCACAGGGACCGGAGCUUCAGGAAUUCAGUCCUUGAGCCGAGAGGUAAACACGGACCUGGGGGAGCUGUUGAAUGGGCGUAUAGUCCACGACAACUUUUCUAGUCUAGAGCUGGACGAGAACCUGCUCCGUUCUGCUACCUUGUCUAACCCACCUACACCCCUGGCAGGGCAGAUCCAGGGGCAGUUCUCUGCCCCAGCCAACGUUGGCCUUACUUCUGCCACUCUGAUCAGCCAGAGUGCACUUGGGGAGAGAGCCUUCCCAGGACAGUUUCAUGGACUUCAUGAUGGCAGCCAUGCCUCCCAGAGGCCACAUCCUGCCCAGCUGCUGAGCAAGGCAGACGACCUAAUCACCUCACGACAGCAAUACAGCAGUGAUCAUUCACACUCCUCGCCCCACGGAAGCCAUUAUGAUAGUGAGCACGUGCCGUCUCCCUAUAGUGACCAUAUCACCUCUCCCCACACGACAUCUUACUCGGGUGAUAACAUGGCAGCUACCUUUUCAGCAGAGAUGCCCAUCAUGGCGCAGCACUUGCUCCCAACCCAACUUGAGGUGCCACUUGGAGGCGUCGUCAACCCCAGAACUCACUGGGGCAAUCUCCCUGUCAACCUCGGAGAUCCCUCUCCAUUUAGCAACCUUCUCGGCGCAGAUGGACAUCUUCUUUCCACUUCCCUAUCCACGCCGCCCACCACUUCGAACUCAGAGACCACCCAGCCUGCCUUCGCCACCGUGACCCCCAGCAGCUCCAGUGUGCUCCCGGGGUUACCGCAGACCAGCUUCAGUGGCAUGGGGCCUUCUGCUGAACUCCUGGCCUCCACCUCUCCCAAGCAGCAACUCCCUCAGUUCAGCGCAGCCUUCGGCCACCAGCUGAGUUCUCACAGUGGCAUUCCCAAGGACCUGCAGCCCAGCCACAGCUCUAUAGCCCCUCCCACAGGCUUCACAGUAACAGGUGCCACAGCUACAAGUACCAAUAAUGCAUCUUCUCCCUUUACCUCCCCUAACUGAGCGUGUCUGUGUGUCUGCAGGCAGGUGGGGAACCUGGUGUUUUCUAUCUUUUUUUCCCUCUUUUCUCACCCCUUUCCCCCUUUCCUAAAGAAGAUUUUAAAAACAACAGAUGGGGACUAGAGGAGAACUCCCUUUUCCAGUUAAACGAGUCAGCCUGCGGUGGACCUCGCCUCAGUGUUCACAUGUGCUCCUUCGCACUGGUGCUCAUCCCCUCGCGGCAGGUCCCCUCUCCCCCGUGGUCUCCUUAGCGGCUCAGCACAGUGACUGGAGAGAAUCGAUUGUUAGCAGCGAGUCCUAGAAGUGGAAGAUACCUCAGAUUCCCAGUGCCCUUUACUAUUUCCUAGUAUUCAGAUCAACGCUUUCCAUUCUAAUGCCAGGUCUUGACAUAGGUGGGUCUAGAUGGCAGGAGUUCCUGUGUAAGAGAUAGCAAGUGGUGCGGAGAGGCAGACCCACUGCCCGCCACCGCAUGAGGCCAGGAUUCCAUUCCUAAUUGUGAUCAUGUUCAAUUAAAAAGAAAAAAAUGUAGUCUUCUGACUGCCUUUGUGUAUGUGUGCGCCCACGCGUGUGUUUUUGUGCAGGGCAGGAAGCAGCUGUCCCAUUGUUACGUUUUAUUUUUUUUCCCCCUAAUGAGUAGAAGACUCUUCUCCUUCCCCACAUCUCACCACCCUUCAUAAGGUUGGUCGUUCUUUCCCACUGAGUUAACUGAGUUUCCUGAAUGGAGAGGGCGGUGGUCCGCUGGCGUGAAUAGCGCAGCCCUGUUCUGCUAGGUUAGCCCAGAACACAGAAAGCGGGAGUUCACGGCAGUGCCCUGGAGAUGUUGUGAAAAGCUUGCCUGGAUUGACUGCAGGAUUGCUGCGAUUCUGAGGUCUGGUGGUUGGUUCUAUUGCCUUGUAAGACAUGCAUUUGUUUCUGAAUCCCCUUUCCAUGGAAUAUAUUCGCAAGAUGUAAUUAAAGAAGAUAUUUUGAUGUGGAAAGCAGGAUAGGUCAGAUAGGUUUGGCGAGAUGGGAUCUGUGAACCCCUUGAUCUGUCUUUUGCUUUUGAAUUUUUCAUGUUUACAGUAGUGAUUCUUUGGUAAGAUUUGUAAAAUGUUGAAGACACUUGUAGAAUCAGUGUACCAGUUGUGAAGUGAUGUGUAAUAUCUGAAGGAUAUACAUUUUAAAGUUCUUUUCAAAGCAUAAUAUGGAAAUUAGACAAAUUUUACCCACCCUUUGGUACUUUUAGAAUAAUUUAAGUACUUAGGUUUGAGUUUGAGGAAAUUUUUUUUCUUCUUAAAGUACCAGGAUUUUAGGGUUAAAAAUCAUAUUGAAUAGUUUAGUAAGUUGGUGACUAUGAAAUGAAUACGUGAGGUUUCUUUUUACCUGCCUUCUCCCCGCCCCCCCAUCCCCCACCCAAGGGUGGAACUAGAUUUUAAAGGCAUCUGUACUCUGCUUUUGCUGAGAAGUUUCACUGUCCCCUGAGAUACCAUUGGCUAUUUAUACCUGAGUCUAGUCUAAUUUACAUAUAUAUAUUUUAAAAGAUGAGUAGAGAGAACAUAUCUAUUAAUGAUGUGAUAUAAUAAUUCAUUUGUCAGGGAAUAUUUGAUCUUAAUUCCUUUUCAAUAGGUAAAGAUUUGGAUGUAUUUUCCUACUUCCUAUAUGUAUUCUCUUUAUGCCAUGCUAAUUCUAACCAGUCCCUUCUUUUGAAAGCUUUUCUUUCUCUGCUUUUUAAAGGAAUGAUGGUGACCAGCAGGCAUUAUGCAGAUACCACGUGCCUGAGAUUAUGGAGGGGGAAAUGUCACAUGACUGUAUGAAAUCAUUAUAUGCCCUAUUUUGUAUUUAUUGAAGUUUCUUUUUGUGGGCCAAAAAUAUGUUUGUAAUAUAUUAAGUUUUUUUUUAAAUCAUGGUAAUUGAUUGGAAGAUUUAUUUUUUAAUAGCUUUGCCUUUUUUGCAGAUUGAGAAAUUUCUAAAUUAUAAAAUUAUGUCACAAAGCAAAAUUAUAUUUGGUAGCACCAUAAAUUUCUAUUCUGAAUGGUGAGAACAGAUAAUUGAAUAUUUCUCACCUGCGAACCUAUGUUAGUAAGCUUUUUUAUUUUAAUGUACUGUAAUGAAAUGAUGAUGAGUAGUUACCGCUACUCAAAAGCGUCAUGUAGUUUGCUAAACUCUUUUCACAUCCCAUUACAAUCAUCACGAGAUAACUGUCCAUUCCCAGUGAUUCGGUUUUCAUCUCUGUUGUGUACUAAUUAUAAAGGUUGUCACAGAGCAGCCCGUUGACUUUCUUUGUUACUGAGGAAAAAUUGGUAUAUACACAUUGACUUUCUUAUCAGCUCUUCUUCUACAGCAAAGGGGAAGUCAUGGGAUGUUGAUUUGAACUUUUCUGGCUAUUUGUCCCUCGUGGUAGCUGCUUAAAAUUCUUCAGUUAUCAAAACUGAGUUUGCAGUAAGUUGCACAUUUUAUUGUUUGCAAUUUUCUGUUUUCUGUGCAUUUUAAAGCCCUUUUCUGCUUUCUGAUAAGGAGGCAUGAAAUGAUCAGGAAUGUUGCCAGUUACAGCUUCACACCAAAAACUUUGAGUAAAUUCAUUUUUUUUUUGUAGAUGCCCACGACGAUAGCUCAAGAAAGGGCACCAGUAGGAAGUACCAGUGUAGGUCUGCAGAAUUAGCAAAAAACAAAUCUUUCUUCUCAUUUCACCUGCUUCAAAACAAAUACCCGAGCUUGCAAUUUGCUUUGCUCUUGCUGUUCUCGAGAGUCCCUUUUCGGAAGAGAGGAGAACAUCUGUGAACCCAGAGAUAUCCGUUCUGUUGUUCUUUUAGCUAAUGGAGCAAUUCUAGUCUCUUAGUAGUAGGUUUGCAAUUGAUGUGUAUAAAGAAAGGAAUGAAGUGUCUUUUACUCCAGAAAUAUGAAAAUCAGUGUCUUUUAAAAUAUCGCUUAUGCUAUAUAUCAAGGCAAUACUGGAAUCAAAAACAAAUGUUACAUAAGGUUCUAUCUAAUUAGGUGGAUACCAGCUUUCAUGCUAGUGUUAAACUCAUGAGAAAUAGUGGCAAAGAAGGUUCACUCUGUUUCUGCAGUUCUUUGGGACCAUUUAUGAAGGCCAGUUAGAUAGUGUUAAUGUGACCUAAUUUACCUGCUGCAGUUAAUGGAUACAUUCUGUGCUCUGAGAAUCUGAAUUCCAUUCUAAUGUGUAAUAUUCACUGGCUGUGAUCUAUAGCAUCCAAAGGAAAGAUGUGUUUUUCUCCUUUACACUCUCUAUAUAAUUGUUUAUAUUAUUUUAAAGUACUUAAGACGUUGUUUUUCCUCUGUACAAAUGGCCUAGCAAUUUGCACAUCUGGGUAGAUUAUGUAGUUAGUAAACAAGUCACAAUAGUAAAUAGCAAUUACACUUAACCCACCAAGUGACAGACUAUGCAAUGGAGAAAAUUUUCCAGUUAUCGCCGCAUAGCUUGUAUGGCAAAGGAUUAUUUUCUCUAGUGAUCUACCAUGUGAGAUAGAACUGCUUCAUAAAUGACUUCCUGAGCGAUUUCUUGUUGGCAGGCGGUGUGGUCUGUCUCGUGUCCCUCCACAAAAAGAGUCUAAUUUAAUGAGGAGCAAGUAGUAGGUAUGGAGAUAAAGUUGGAAAAUUCUGUCUUCUUUUCCUUAAAAUUGUAGUUACUCUCUUGAGCGGUUGAAGGCUAAAGAAAGCUAAUACUUCAUCUUUGCCAAAUAAUUAUGAAUAGUAGUUAUUUUUUAACUACGCCCGAGCUCCCCGCCGCAAGUUAAGAAUCAUGGUUUUCUGUGACUAACACUAAAGCUUUUGCUUAUCAGAGCUCAUUCUCAGUCCCCAGUCAUGGUCCAGAGAGGCUGAGACAGUUGUUUGACUUGGAAGGAGAUGCUGUCCGGGAUCCACACAGCUGCCCUCGCCACACGUACCAUUCUCUUUUUACAUGAAAAGUUUUACCGUUUCUGUUGCCCUGAACCGUGGGGCUUUUAUCAUUUGGCACUAGAACGUGAGCCUAUGUUGGGUCGUACCCGUGCUGUAAGUCUGCGGUACUUGCCUGCAUCGGGGGGGUGGAGGUGAUGGGUGGUGGGUUUCAUCAACACUUGCGGGAGGCCUUUGGUCCCGAUUAGUCCAGAAGGUGGCUAUGGAUCAGUAUGGCCAAAAGAGGAGGAUCCUAGUAACACUAAACUCAAGCUAAUAGGUUUGAAAUGCAUUUCAAUGUUGUCUAGUGUCCAGUUUCUUCAUCCUCUUUCUUUUUAGCCUUCUUUUCACAUUCUAUUAAAUUCUCUUUUUCAUCUGGUAUGUAUAGAAUAACAUAAUGGUCUUUUAAAUGGUCGAUGGAACUCUGAAGUUCAAUGAGGCAAUUUAAAGGAUUCCCUGAAAGAAAAAUGGAGUCAUACCGAAUCUUUCCUCGCAGACACCUACAUCGCUCCAAGGAUUUUUUUCCUGAUGAGAAAUACAUUUCUUGGGGAUGGGGUUGGGGGAAUGUAUAUGUGAUGGAACAAAGAUUUUUUUUUUCUCUUCCUAUCAGUACAUUGAAAACAACUGGAUUUUCAUGGGCAUUCUAUAGAAAAGUAAAACAGUGUAACAACUUCUGAACAUCUUGAACUUUAUAAGCUUUCCAAUAUCAUAUUCUGGAGGGACCCCCAAAUCCAUGUUUAAUAGAUUCAAGUAACAUUUUUAAAAUACUGUCUCUCAGAAGAUGUGUAAUAAAAUAUCAGCAAAGAACAUAUUUGGAUAUUCUAUUAAGCUUUUUCUUCUGAGCAGUGAUUUAGGAAAGAAAACAUAAAGUAUAAAUGAAUAAUCAUGUCUCUCCUGAUAACCAGUGUCAUGAAUGCGAAAGUGGUGGGUCAAACAGCCUUAUUUCUAAGUAGCAAAAAUUCUCUUUUCACUCCAGCUCUUACUUUUUAUUAGCUUUCCUCUCUCUGCACUGUGAUACAGAGCAAAUAAAGGGAAACGUGGCAUUUCCGAGAGAGAGCAAAUUUGGAAUGACUUUUUUAACCCCAGGUUCCCAAACCUUGGGAAUGUUUGGCUACUUUGAAUGGCAGGAUUUUUGUGAUCUAAAGUUCAGUCUGAAAAACCCUCUCAGAAGAGAAAGCCUGUCUACCCCUUAGUAGCUCUAUGUUGGGCAGCUCAGCUUCCCUUCCUCCUCCUCUUCUGCCUGCUCACGAGGCUCACCCCCAGCCCUGAAGUGUGCACACGCCCACAGGAUCUGUACUGCUCCUGGCCCAAGACUCAGAGAAUCCCCUUCUUUCACUUGGUUUUGGUUUGUUUCUUUAAGCUGGGGACCACUGAAGUAAGCUCUAUGUGCACCCAAAGUUCCCCUUGGAAAAAAUUUCAACCUGCAGUGCAGAAGGCUCCAAUGCAGUUAAAUGUCACCCUUGCUUUUACUCGUGGAAUAGACUGAUUUGCCCUGAGGUGACCCCACCCUGCAUCGUUAAAAGGUACAGUUGGCUCCAGCCGAUGAUGAGUGUGGAAGGGAUGGGGAGUUUGGUACUCGGUGACGUUGUCUUCAUCUGCCUGGGGUUGAAUCAGUUCCUCUCAACAGUGAUAGUUCUUUUCACUGUAUAGUGUUGAGUAUGUCUCAGGGAUUCCUUGUGGAAAUUAGGGCAGUUUUUAAAAUACGAAAAAUAGUUUUAAAAGAAACUAAAGGUGACUCAUCAUUGAAGAGAGCGCAAGAAAGAGACGACAUUUGGUUUCGUAGCCCACAGUGUCUUCUUGCAUGGGACUCUUCCUUCUCCUUCGGGCUCUCAUCUCAGCCUCAGCAUACAGAAUCCUUUCCCACCACGCACAGCUUUAAAACUUUUAUUUAAAAAUGUCCUUCCCCAAUGAGCUUUCAGAAUACUUAUUGUAGAAUUUAAGAGAAAAGGUAUAUUAAUUUAUGCUAUUAACAUCACCUCAUAAAUUAUAAGUUUUAUACUAAAGCUGUAUUGAGUGUAAUGAAUUAUGUUGCCUAUGUGUUUAAUAGCUAAAAAAUUAUAUAUGAGCUUUUUUUUUUUUUUUUUUUUUUUAACAAAACAAACUAGUGAAGCACCUUUUUACACUGGAUCUCUGCCGUGUCAAGGUGUAUAGCUAUCCUUUGCUACCUUGCAGAUAUAGAAAAGGAUAUCCUGGGGCCUCAAAACGUAGAACACCUUUAGACCAUUUAUUACUGCUCAUAGAACUGUUGAGAAUCAUGUUUCUUUAGUAAAUGAUCUGUGGUUUACACUUAAGAUGGCUAGAAGCUUAGUAACAGGGUAAAUAGAAAUACAUAGAUCAAGUAAAACUCCCAACUACUGUAGCUGGAAUUUGUAAAUUAAGUUUUUAAGUCCUCUUUUAUUUCCUAUGGAUUUAUUCUUUAAUUACAGUUUAUUCUGUAAGUUGGGAAGUACAAUAGAGAAAAUAAUAAAUCUAGAUGUUCUCAGUGUCUUAUUCAGGAACUUCUUAUCCCUCCUCACUAAGGAAUUCCCACUGUGACUUCAAAAAUAGAAUUACCGUACUUGUGUGCAUGUAUAUGUCUGUGUUUUUACACACAUGCAAAAAUAUACAUUGGGGGCACGUGUGCGCGAGAGAGGGAUGUGUGCUUAGGGAAAAGAGAGAAAGCUAACAGAAUGUAUUGUAGAAAUAGGAUUUAUUUAGUCGAGGAUAUUGGACUUUGUCAUCGUCUCUUGUUAUAAGUACACCAAAUUCUUGAUUAUGUUAUGUUAAAAGGCUAGCUCUGAUAUCAUGUGCAUUUGAUUUCAACCCUUUGAUUAACUUAUAUUGUUUUUAAAAUGACAUAAGAAACAGCAGGUUCUAAGACCAGCCUCUCGCUUUUGAGCGUAAAAAUAAGAGAGAGACAGACCUGGACACGAGCUGUGUUUCUGUUGGGGUGAUGGAACCAGAGAUCAGUUGAACCACCUUUUUUAUGUUCGUAUCAUAUUCUGAGUUAUAAAAUAUGAUUGAUCACCCUUUCUUGGUAAAGUUAAGAAAAGGAUAGGCCUUUUAUAAAGAAUGCCAUUUUUUGAAGGGGCUGCUUUGUUUAAAGAAUUGGUAGGAUUUUUUCACCAUGCACAUUUCAGCUGGGUGGAUUUCAGUCAUUUCCAAGAAUUAAAAUACAAAACAAAACUACUCAGCUAUGCUAUUAUUUAUGAAGUUAGCGUGCCUGCCAACCCCCAUAUUUUGACUAUAGGAAAAUUAUGCUACCCUUGGCUUUUACGUGAUUCAUGUGGGAUUUUUUUUUUUUUUUUAAGUACAUUCCUAUAUUUUGAGUUUUGUCAUUUUGCUGUACAUUCAUUACUGGAGUAUCUGGUUGGUCUAAAAUAGUCAAAACUAGAGUUGUUACUAAAUGCUCCAAUCACAUUUAUUUUUUAAUAUUAAAAAAAUCAUGUACUUUGAAACAUGUCAGAACAACUUCAGAUAAUACGUCUGAAUUCGUAGUUAACUUUGAAGCCUCGUUCAUCUUAGAUAUAUACUCAAGACCUAGGAAAGCUUUGUAUGUUGUUCUUUUUACAGUUGUAUUUUCGCAGCAUCUCCCAGUUUCAUCCAUUCUCGCUUUAUGGAUUUUCCAAAAUCUGCAUAUUUCUUGUACAUAUGCAUGCAAAAGAAAGAAGGGAGGUUGUAUUGGUGCCAUUUCUCCCUUCAGUUACUGGUUAAUGGGAUUUGCUAGAAUAAAUUCCCCCUGAUUGAAGGGUGAACACAGACCCUUUUGUGUAUAUCUAUCUGUACAGAGGUGUAUAUGGGAUGUGGUGGCACUUUGCUGAAUGUGAACUUGCCUUGUCAAUGGGAAGAUUGAGAAGUAUUAUGUUUAUUUAUACAUUUGUAUAAAUCUAUAUAUACACGUAUGUAUAUGUGUGUGUAUAGAUAAAGCUAUAUACAUAUAUUUCCCUAAAAACGUGUGUGUAUAAUAGAUAAACAGCCUUUGUUAAGCAAGAUUAUACGUCUAUGGAAAGUUCUGGAUUGUUCUAUGAGCAGGAGGAGGUCAUAGUCUAGAGUGGUGGUCAGAGCCUACAAAGAUGGGAGUCCUUUGGAUGAUAGUCUUGUCUAUGAAUUCCUCUUAGAACUGUUCUUACUUGCCAAUUCCACUUAUUCUUCAUUUUCAUUACCUUCGAAGUCAGUCGCUCACCAUUUAAAAAAAUCACACUUCAUUGUAUUUUUCCCUUUAUGGCCUUUCUAGCCAGAAUCAUUUGGCUUAACUAUAUUUCAUUAACUCUUCAGUUGUUUCCUUUAAAGAUUUUGGCUCUGAAAUUUCCUAGAAGGUAGAAGUUUUGGUAAUUUUUCUGUCCAGUAAUUUUGAGAAUUGUAUAUCAUCUUUAUCUCAGAAAUAACCAAUAAAGAAAAGACAGCAACAUUCAAACAAAACUAAUUUGAAAGUUUUACCUAGAUAAUUGUGGGACGUUUUACUUAAAUUGAAAAAGGACUUAAUUAUGAUUUUAUGAUUGACAUUAACGUUAGGUUUCUUUUGUCAUUUAUGGUCGUAAAUGUGUCAUUUUAAAAAUUUGGUUUACUCUGUGACUUAAUCAUAAACUUGCCAUUUUCAUGUUAAUGAAAAGCCUCUCGAAUUCUAGAACUCAUUUUAUUCAUGAUGAAACUGCUUUAAUGAAUUCUCACAUAACGAAUUCUGCUAUAUUUCCUUUUGACUUUUCUCGCAUUUGUGACAUUCUUUUUAACUUUGCUGCAGCUCUCUUGCAUCCCUAUAUAUUGUGCCUUUAAAGCUUUUAUGCACACACAGACAAAAGUGUAUAUAUACAUGUUGGAGCAUGUGUACAUAUACUUUCGUAUAUACUCACACAGUAUGUCUCUAGUAUAUAUUGUGGGAGUGGACAUAUAGAUACUCAAAGGCAAUGGAAUGUUGCUCUCUAGGUAUAUAUGUAUAUAAAUAGUGUUGAUAUCCUGUAUAUACACAUGUAUAUGUACGAGUUUUAAAUGGCAAUCUUUUACAUUUAGCAAAAUGCUGCCCCUACUGGAAUAUUGUCACUGCAAUGGCAGUUGUAUGUAGUGAUUUAAAAUACAUUAUCAAAAGUUAUUUAAAGAACAUUUUAAAGUCACAUCUAAAGACAUCCACACAUUAUUUAUUAAUCUUCCGUUUCCUUUUAUUGUUAUUAUUAUUUUUAACUGAAAGGGAGACUGUCAUUUUUAAAAUGCCAUCUGUCCCAUGAGAGAAAGAGAGGGCUGGAGACUCACUUGAGGACCCUUGUGCAUUUUCCUCUCUCUGCAAUGGAGAUGUGCCGCAAACCAGCCUGUUUAUUUCAGUUAUAAAGCAAACCUAACAUUUCCAUUACUGCAUGUCACCCACCAUCUCCUAGAUCAACUUAAUUCACCGAUCUGCCUCUUCCUUUCAUUAAUAAGUAAUGAUCCUUGAGAUCAUUUUGCCUGGGGGAAGUGAACUACUCUCUAGCUGCAGGGGAAUCUAUCACCUAAUUGUUAUUCUGCCUUGUUCAGAAUUCAACUUUGAGAGAAGGCAGCCCUAUCAUGAAGCUGUCUUACGCAUGUUUUGCAUUCAUUUAGUUAAAGGUUUUCCCAACCUCUUUUUUUUUUUUUUUUUUUUAAAUCAGAGAACUCCAAGUCUGCAUGCACUUGACAUAGAUUUAAUUCUUACUCCCCACAGCUUCAGGUAUUUUUCAUUAGUAAAUCAAUUUGACACACUGAAUGGAAUAAUACUAAGAAAAAACUGUUAAGUAUUUUAUUUUGUGAUGACUUGGCAGCAGAUUACGUUUCAAGACCUUACAGAGAGAGGAACAUAGAUGGACAAUCCUAGAUCGUAAAAUGCUAACAAAAAACAGGUGGAGUAAGAGUACCCUGAAGACAAAGGGAGAGGUUGGGGCUUGAGAGAUUUCACAGAGUAGCUUAGCUGAAACCUGAUAUCAGAAGCAGCCUUUAACAGAAGCCUCUUGGCAAUUACAUGGUACUAACCAGAGCACGGAAGUACAGGUUGAAACCAAGUUGCAGUGGGAAAUCAAAGGUGAGAGGUAGUUUAUUGGAAACCAGUAAAUGACAGGUUGCACAGUCCUGAAAUCUCUUCUAACAAAGUAACUGCACGGUAGCAAGGACUAGCCAUUCUCAAAGCCCUUCUUUUUCAGUGUUCUCCUUCACCUUGGCACACAAGUAUGUUUUAAUGCCAUACAUUAAAAAAAUAUUUACAAAAAAAAAAAAAAAGCGCUGCUUAAAGGGAAUU